AUGAGUCGUGCCAAAGAAACUGUUUACCAGCCCCUUCCCAAAAAAAGGAAUGGUGAAAAUGCCAUCAAAUUUUUGCAUAAACAGCUCCUUGAAAAGUACGAUCCUACAGGAAAAAGAUCAGCUUUGGUGGCUCCUGGAGGUUUGAGAGCUGGUGAUGUAAUCAAGGUUACCUACAAAGAUAGAAACACUGUGCUUGGUCAGUUAAUCGGCAUCAAGAGAGGUAACUACAACGUUGGAACUAAUCUUCAUAUUAGGAACAAGAUGACCAGAAUCGGUGUCGAGAUGAGAGUUCCAUUGUUCAGCCCCAACAUCAAGAAUAUCGAGGUCGUCUCGAGACCUAAAUCUUACCCAUCAAGACACAAGCAGUUCUACAUCAGAAAUAACAGACUUGACGUCGGAGAUUUGGAGGUCAACCUCAAAAUUAAAAGCUAA